AUGACCUUCGAGGACUUUUGUGGUGGUCCGUUUUGGGACGAGGAGUUCGUGUGGGACAUAGACAAUCCCAACCUGACGUUCUGUUUCCAGCGCGUCAUCCUGCAAUGGGCCCCGUGUUUGUUUCUGUUCGUGUUCUCUAUCUACGACAUCUUGAAAAUUACCGAGAGCCGAUAUCGAGACAUACCAUGGAACUGGUACAAUCUCUCCAAGAUGCUAGUGAUAUUCCUGCUGAUGUGCAUGUCCUGGAUCGAUCUGGGCAUGGUGGUGAGCUAUCAGGAUGAGCAGGGCUUGUAUGAUGUGCAGAUCCUGACGGCCGUGUUCAAUGCCUUGGCUUAUAUUGAUUUGAUUGUGUUGCUGUUCUUCAUGCGUAAGUACGGAGUUCGAACGUCGGGCACGAUGUUCAUGUUCUGGUUCCUGCGAAUGUUCUUCGGCAUCAUUCAGCUCCGUACGGAGGUGAUGGACAACGACAAGCGACCGAACGCGAUCGGAUCCGGUGACACGGUUGACUUUUGGGAGUAUCAGUACGUCAGCUACAUCUUGCAGUACUCCUUCAUCUGUUUGAUGCUCGUACUCGAGCUGUUCCCUGAUAAGGCACCUUCGUUCAGCUACUAUCCGAAGGACUCCAAACCGAACCCUGAACUACGGUCAAGUUUUUUCAGUAAGCUAUUAUUCUUACAUUUCGAUGCGUUCGCUUGGAAAGGUUUCCGGAAACCGCUCACAGUGGACGACAUGUACGACAUCAACCCACAAGAUACAUCUCGCGAGUUAGUGCCACCGUUUGACAAGUACUGGAAGAAAAGCGUCGAGAAAGGCCGCAAACAGCAGAUGGCUAGUAAUCGGAAGGCGGGCAAACCCGACAUCGAAUACAAACCACACUCGGCUUCAAACGGAUCCGUUCUGUACGCGAUGGUGCGCGCAUACGGUGGUCCGUUUUGGUUCGCAGGAAUGUUGCAGCUGGCAAUCUCGGGGCUCCAGUUCGCUUCGCCUUAUCUCAUGCGAGAGCUGAUGGCGGUUAUCGCAUUCGAUGGACCGCUCUGGAAAGGGUUUUUGUUGACUUUCGGAUUAUUUGGCGCAUCUUUGCUACUGGGGCUGUUCAACGGGCAGUACCUUUACUACACCUUUCUGAGCGGUUUCCGCAUCCGCACCGGGCUGAUAAGCGCCAUCUAUCGGAAAGCGUUGCGAAUUUCUAGCGCGGCCAAGAAAGAUACCACCGUCGGGGAGAUCGUCAACCUGAUGGCUGUGGAUGCGCAGAAGUUUUUCGAACUGACCUCCUACUUGCAUAUCUUAUGGUCGGCCCUGUUGAUCAUUGGAUUGUGUGUGUUUUUGCUGUAUGACAUUCUUGGACCGGCUGUAUUUGCUGGGCUGGGUGUGAUGAUACUGAUGACUCCUGUAUCGGGUGUGGUAGCAGCGAAGCUCAAAACCCACCAAGUCUCCCAGAUGAAGCUGAAAGAUGAGCGGGUGAAGAGGAUGAACGAAAUUCUCGGCGGCAUCAAGGUGUUGAAGCUGUACGCAUGGGAACCAAGCUUCCAGGAUUCUAUUUUGACAGUUCGCGACGAAGAAGUAGGCAUUCUCAAGCGUAUGGCGUACUAUGGAGCGGGAAUAUUUUUCACCUUUACUAUUGCGCCAUUCCUGGUCACUCUCGUGUCAUUCGCCGUGUAUGUACUGUCGGAUGAAAACAAUGUGCUCGAUCCGCAGACAGCGUUUGUAUCGCUUGCCCUGUUCAAUAUUAUGCGGUUCCCUCUCGGUAUGUUUCCCAUGGUGGUCACAUUCUCCAUGCAAGCUUGGGUAUCGGUGAAGCGUAUCGACAAGUUCCUUAACAGUGCUGAGCUGGACCCUAGCAAUGUCACAAACAACAAGAGCGAUGAAGCACUCACCAUCAAGGACGGAACGUUUUCCUGGGGAGAUGAGACACCCACACUGAAGAACAUCAAUCUCUCGUUGCGCAAGGGACAACUGUCAGCGAUCGUUGGCACAGUCGGUACUGGCAAGAGCUCCCUGAUAUCGGCACUGCUUGGAGAGAUGGAGAAGAUAAGUGGCCUGGUGAAUACGGACGGUUCGAUCGCAUACGUUCCGCAGCAAGCCUGGAUCCAGAACGCCACUCUGCGUGACAACAUUCUCUUCGGCAAGCCAUUCGACCAGAAGAAGUACGAUAACGUGAUCGACUGUUGUGCCCUGAGGCCCGAUCUGGAGAUGCUUCCCGGUGGCGACACGACGGAGAUCGGUGAGAAGGGUAUCAACCUUUCGGGUGGACAGAAGCAACGUGUGGCACUGGCUCGUGCUGUGUAUGCCGACUGUGAGGUGUAUCUGUUUGACGAUCCACUGAGUGCUGUGGACGCUCACGUAGGAAAGCACAUCUUCGAGAAGGUUGUUGGACCAUCGGGAAUGCUGGUGGGCAAGUCACGCUUGUUAGUCACUCACGGCAUAUCGUUCCUUCCGUUUGUGGAGAACAUUCUCGUUUUAAAGGAUGGAGAAAUUUCCGAAAGUGGGACCUAUCAGCAGCUUAUAGACCAGAAGGGUGCAUUUUCGGAAUUCCUAAGCCAACACAUUCAGGAGCUUGACGAUGACGACGAGGAAAUAUCUUUAAUACAGGAAACACUCAAGGAUGAUGCAGUUACCAAUGUUAUUCAACGUGCCCUGUCCGUUCGCUCCAACCGAUCAAAUGGCAGCAAUGGCAGUUUGAAUAAAAAAACAAUCAGUCGACAAGUGUCCAAGCAAAGUGUGCAUAGCAAGGAACCGAAUACCGCUCCAAACAGAGCGAAUUUGAUUGGUGCAGAAGAAUCAGCCACCGGUGCUGUUACCUGGUUGGUGUACAAAAAGUAUAUCAAAUCGAUCGGCUUUCAGUUUGGCUUUGGAUCCGUCCUGUUUACUGCGAUCAAUCAAGGUAGCGGCAUCUUCUCGAACAUAUGGCUCACCGAUUGGUCCGAAGAUCCGGAAGCUGCUACCGACACAUCCGUGAGGGACAUGUAUCUCGGCGUGUAUGGUGCUCUUGGAGGAGCGCAAUCGAUCGCGCUGUUUCUGGCCGCACUGCUCAUCUCCCUAGGGUGUCUGAAAGCAGCUAAAGAGUCUCACGAUAAGCUUCUGGAGAGUUCCCUAAGAAUGCCGAUGUCUUUCUUCGACACAACGCCACUGGGGCGAAUCAUAAACCGCUUCUCGAAGGACGUCGAUGUGGUGGACAAUGUGCUUCCUGUGACGAUAAGAGCCUGGUUGCUGUUCCUGUUUAAUGUGUUUGGUGUAUUCAUCGUGAUCGGUAUCUCCACACCGAUCUUUCUCGCGAUCGUACCACCGCUGAUGGUGAUCUACUACUUCGUGCAACGGCUCUACAUCGAUACAUCGCGCCAACUCAAGCGACUGGAAUCCGUCACCAGAAGUCCGAUCUAUUCACACUUCGGUGAGAGUAUCAGUGGACAAUCGACCAUACGAGCUUACGGACAACAGAACCGUUUUACACAAGAAUCGGAGCGCCGCGUUGACUACAAUCAGCUUGUUUCAUACCCAAGUAUUGUUGCUAAUCGAUGGCUUAGCGUACGGCUGGAGAUGAUCGGGAGCUUCGUAGUCUUGUUUGCCGCUCUGUUCGCCAUUUUGGCACGGGAUAGCAUCGGACAGGCAACGGUAGGAGUCUCCAUCAGUUACGCUCUGCAGAUAUCUCAUUUCCUUAGUUUCCUCGUGCGAAUGACUUCCGAAGUUGAGACGAAUAUCGUAGCAGUGGAACGAUUGGAGGAGUACACCGUACUUCCGCGUGAAGCAGAGUGGCAGAAGGGAACCGUGGACAAGGCAUGGCCUGCAGAAGGAAAGGUUGAGUUCAAGGAUUAUCAGAUCCGAUACCGCGAGGGUCUUGAUCUGGUCAUUCGAGGCAUCUCGCUCAACGUUCGAGGAGGAGAGAAGAUCGGUAUCGUUGGUCGUACCGGUGCAGGAAAGUCCAGUUUGACACUUGGUCUCUUCAGAAUUGUCGAGGCGGCCGGUGGACAAAUAAUCAUCGACGGACACGACAUCUCUCAAAUGGGUCUUCAUCAGUUGCGUGGACGAUUGACCAUCAUUCCCCAAGAUCCGGUUCUGUUCUCCGGUACACUGCGAGCCAACGUGGAUCCCUUCAAGAGUUACAGUGACGAUCAGGUAUGGAAGGCUCUCGAGCUGUCCCAUCUGAAGACGUUUGUGAAAGGUUUAGCGGCCGGACUGGAGCACGAGAUCGCCGAGAACGGAGAGAACCUUUCGGUUGGUCAAAGACAGCUGAUUUGCUUGGCACGCGCUGUACUGCGAAAGACGAAGGUGUUGAUUUUGGAUGAGGCAACGGCGGCAGUAGAUCUCGAGACGGAUGAUUUGAUUCAGAAAACAAUCCGUACGGAGUUCACUGAUUGUACGAUUCUAACCAUCGCCCAUCGGCUGAACACAAUUCUUGACUCGGACCGAGUACUGGUGCUCGACAAGGGUUUGGUAGCCGAGUGUGACUCACCGCAGAACCUUCUCGCGAACAGAGACUCCAUAUUCUUUGGCAUGGCGAAGAAUGCCGGCAUCGUAACCUGA